GAUGCUUAAGAUGAUCCUUGAUGAGAAUGAGAGCUUGCUCCUUUAGUUGAUCUUCUUUUUUUCCUAUGUGAAAAAAAGAGAAAGAGGAAAAAGAUAGUGAGAAGAAAGAAGAGAGAGAAGAAGAGGUCGAUUCUCUCUUUGGAUUAUUGUAACGGUGAAGGAACAAACUGUUCAUUGAGUUUAGAUGGUUGAUCAUCAUCACUAUCAAAAUUCAAAUUGAUUGUCAAACAAUUAAUUUCAAUAUUCUCUUCCACUUGUUAUUGUGAUUACUUUUUCUUCAGUGUAUAUAUUGAUCUGUAUUCAUCAUCUCCAUUUUAUCAUCAACUCUCUCUCUCUUCAUCUGAACUUUGUGUUAUGUCUCUUAUGAUUAUCAUCUUUGGACCUGUUGUUGAUAAUGGCUAAUGAUUACAUCUCAUUACAUUUAUUUCCCUUUUUUCAACUUGUUUUUCAUUAUCAAGUGAUUGUUAUUUAAUCAGUGAUCUCCUUAAUUCCAAUCAAAUCUUUAUCUCUCCCUAUUCCCACCAGAAUUCAGCUCAUCUGAUAACAGCAAAUGAUGGACCAAAUUUAACAUGGGAUUUCAGUGAUAAAUUUAAUUCUGAUUGGUUUAAAUUAAGAAACAAAAAAAGGAAACAAUAUCUUUUAUCUCAUAUUGUGUAUCUUGUGCCUUAAGUUUUUCUAUUUCUCUUUCCUGUUAUUGUUAUCAACCUUUUCUCUCUCUCUCUCUCUCUUUCUCUCUAAUUCUGGAUUAAUCAAUUUUGGAUUUUUUGAUUAGAUGUCACAUUUACUCUUCUACAAUCACCAUCUAAACAUGACCAUAAUCUACUAACUAUUACAACAUAAUUAAUUAAUAUCUUUUUAAUUUAAACAAGUGACAACAACAAUAACAAACAAUGUAUCAUCUGUGUAAUAAUAGUUUACUGUUACUCUGUACGAUUAUUAUCAUUUUCUUUGUGCCUAAUCUUGUCUAUUGUGCUAAAUGUCAAAAUAGACCAGACCUACUUCCAUCAGCGCCAUUUAUUCCCAAAAAACAUCACAAUCCAUACACAAGUAAAUACGCUGGAGAAAGUGUUAUAUUCAAAUGCAAAUCCAGUGGAAAUCCUUGUCCCAAUAUAACCUGGUUCAAAGAUGGUCAACAAUUAGACAGAAAUGAUAUUAAUUUGGACCAUGUUAAAUUUAAAAAGUUUUCUAUUGAUUUCGCUCGUUUAACUCCAAUCGAUGCUGGAAACUAUUCAUGUUUAGCUAUCAACGAUUUUGGUAACGAUUCUAUAUGGUUUCAAUUGAACGUUAGUGAAUGGAUCGCACCUCAUGUAAUCAAUGAUGAGAUAUCGCAACGUUCAUUGUAUGUUGGUGAUGAUUUACAAUUAAAUUGUGAAUCAGGAUCAGAUGCUGCUGAGAGCACUUAUUGGUAUAAAAAAGUUGGAGAUGAAUGGAUUGAAUAUGAAGGUUUGGAUGGUGAAACUAAUAUAUUUAUAUGGCCAAAUAUUACAAUCGAGGACUCAGGAUUAUUUCGUUGUGAAGUUAGCAAUUCGAUAGCUACAAGUGAAAGGCUGUUUAAUGUCACCGUUAAUGAACCUAUGCCUCCUCAAAUAGGAACUUGUUGGUCUUAUAAUAUCUCAGCUCUCAUCGGAACUCAAGUAUCGUUUCAUUGUAGCUCAUAUAUUGAAGAUGAAAAAUUUUGGAUCAAAGGAUUUAUCAAUGAGUCAAGUGAAUAUUUUAACGAUACUGAUAUAAUUGAAAAAGGAACAAGCGACUUGGUUUUGAAGAAUGUGACACAAGAUGUACAAGGAUGGUAUUCAUAUGUCUCUCGAAAUCGUUUUGGCUUCCGUUCAGCUAAUAUAUUUCUUAGAGUCCAUCAUCAAGAACAUAAAUUAGCUGCAAACAGUUUAACUCGUGAGCAAGUUAUUUUCAUUGGAUCUCUAAUUAUUGGCAGUGCGACAACAAUAGUACUUUGCCUGAUAUGUUGUCUCUGUAAAAUUCGAGCCUCGCGAUUAAAAAUAAAGAAAGAAAAUCAAAUUCUAAGGAUAACAAAAAAGAUCACAUUAGAAGAGCCUGUUGACUGUGAAGAUUCAUUGAAAGCGCCUUUGGUCAAAAUUGAGGCUCCAUUGAAUGCUAACGAUUUACCUGUGGAGAAAUAUAUGAGAGCCAUUGUUGAAUAUGAAAUGCCGAUUGAUCUUAAAUGGGAAAUAUCAAGAGAUAGAUUACAAUUACAUAAGCCUGUUGGACAAGGAAACUUUGGAACUGUUUAUAAAGGAGAGCUAUGUGGAGUUGGAAAAAAUAAAGAACCUCUUAUGACGGUGGCUGUUAAAAUGUUGAAAGAUCCAUCGAAUGAUUCUGACAUGGCUGAUCUUGUCUCGGAAAUGGAGGUCAUGAAACGAAUCGGCAAACAUUUAAACAUAAUUAAUCUAAUCGGAUGUUGUACUAAAAAUGGUCCUCUUUAUGUGAUCGUCGAAUAUGCUACUUUUGGUAACUUGCGAGAUUUCUUACGAUCCCGUAGACCGGAUUCGGUUGAAUUUGACGAUUCUAAGCAAUUAUUUCCAUCGGAUUUCUUAUUAUUUGCACUUCAGAUUGCUCAAGGAAUGGAUUACUUAGCUUCUAAACGGUGUGUUCAUCGUGACCUUGCCGCUCGUAAUAUUUUAGUCUCCGAUGGUAAUGUUAUGAAAAUCGCUGAUUUUGGUCUUGCUCGAAAUCUUCAAACAGUCGAUUAUUACAGGAAAACUACUAAAGGUGUUAUACCUUUAAGGUGGAUGGCACCGGAAGCGAUUGAUCAAGUUUAUUCCAGUGCUUCCGAUGUUUGGUCUUAUGGUGUUUUACUCUGGGAAAUUUAUACUCUUGGCUGUUUACCUUAUCAAGAUGUCGAUCAGAGUAGCCUUUAUACCUGGUUGAGGGAAGGCCAUCGAUUGGAUCAACCGUUCAAAUGUCCAAACAAAGUUUAUAAACUAAUGAGACGAUGUUGGAGAUACUAUUCAUGGGAACGGCCAACUUUCCGUGAUAUCACCAAAGAGCUUGAUGAAAUCUCCAAUGAAUCAUCUUACCCUGAAUACUAUGACAUGAGUAUUCCUAAAAUGGAUACACCAUUGACAAGUGACUACGAGAUUGAUUAUUCUGAUAGUUUUGAUGCUGAAGAAUCGAGUCUCCAUGAUUAUCAAAAUGUCAACAAUAACAUUAACACACAAUUAAAUCGCCUUUAUUUCAUUAACGAAUCCAUUGUUUAACAUCAUCAUCAUCAAUGAAAUUACAUUUUAACAAUGGACGAUCAAAUUAUCAUAACUUUUUUUUCACAACACCAAAGACUUUGUGAACUCACUUUGAAGUCACAUAACAAAAAAUCACCAACAUUUUUUCAAACAAUCAAAAAAACCCAAAAACUUAAACAAAAUUGAUUUACUUUCUUCUUGAAAAAAAAUCAAUCCAAAUCAAACCAAGAGUUAACAAAAACAAAUCAAAUCAUCAUUAUACAUAUUUUUUGUACAUAAAAUCAUUCAACUUUUUUUUGCCUAAUUUAUAUUAUGAUUAUUAAAUUAAAAUAAAAAAAUAAAAUAAAAAGUA